UGGGCAGGGCUCAUAUCAAAUCGUCGAAGACGCUCCUCUCCGCCAUUUCUCCUCGCUUUCUCGACGCCGCUUCUGUCCGAUCGGCAACUCGUCGACUUCCCAACUCGGCCGAGUCAACAACUCGCUACAUCUUCUAUCAUCCGAUAACAGUCAUCUCUCUCUCUCUCCAAAAGAUUUUUAUUUUAUUUUAUUUUAUUUUAUUUUUAAACCCCAGAAAACCUAGCUUAAUCUCAUGCGAUCCCGACCGUCCGUUUCGCCUGAUCUCUCCCCCACCCAACUCGCCCUCCUUCGUCUCCCCCACCCGAUUCAACAGCUUGCUUCUUUCACCAUUAAUCCAACCCAUCAAUAGGAAAACAAAAGCUAGGGUUUUUCCUCGACCUCUCGCCAGGCCCCAUGUCGACGGCAUCAUCAGAACCAAAAUCCCAUCCGUCCAUCUCCCCCGAUCUCUACCCCACCGAUGCAGACCUCCCCUACGAGGAGGAGAUCCUCCGCAACCCCUUCAGCCUCAAGCUCUGGUGGCGCUACCUAAUUGCCCGCUCCACAGCCCCUUUUGCUGCACGCUCCGUUCUCUAUGAGAGGGCUCUCCGCGCUCUCCCUGGUAGCUACAAGCUAUGGCACGCCUACCUCCGCGAGCGCCUCGAAUCUGUCCGUUCCCUCCCAGUUACCCACCCUAACUACUCUUCCCUCAACAACACGUUCGAGCGGGCCCUCGUCACCAUGCACAAGAUGCCCCGCAUCUGGACCAUGUAUCUCCAAUCCCUGACCCACCAGCGCCUUCUCACCCGCACCCGCCGCACCUUCGACCGGGCCCUCCGUGCCCUGCCCGUCACCCAGCACGACCGCGUGUGGGGCCCAUACCUCACGUUUGUCAGCCAGCAGGGUGUUCCUAUCGAGACCUCGCUCCGCGUCUACCGCCGGUACCUGAAAUUUGACCCCACCCACAUUGAGGACUUCAUUGAGUUCCUUGUCAAUUCCAAACUCUGGCAGGAGGCUGCAGAGCGCCUGGCUGGCGUCCUCAAUGAUGAUGGGUUCUACUCAAUCAAGAACAAGACCAGGCACCAGCUCUGGCUAGAGCUCUGUGAUCUCCUGACCCGCCACGCAAAUGAGGUGUCUGGGAUGAACGUGGAUGCGAUCAUCCGUGGUGGGAUCAGGAAGUUCACUGAUGAGGUGGGCCGCCUCUGGACGUCGCUCGCAGAUUAUUAUGUACGACGGGGAUUGUAUGAGAAAGCGCGGGAUAUAUUCGAAGAGGGCCUGACAACAGUUGUCACUGUGCGGGACUUCAGCGUGAUUUUUGACUGCUAUACUAUGUUCGAAGAGAGUGCAACCAAUGCCAAGAUGGAGACGAUGGAUGGCAGCGAUGACGAGGAGGACGGCCAGGAUGAAGAUAGCUCUGUUGAUGUACGGUUGGAUUUGAGUCUGUCGGUCGAGAAGCUUGGGAAGCGGAUUUUGCAUGGAUUUUGGCUGAAUGACGAUAAUGAUUUGGAUUUGAGGUUGGCAAGGCUGGAUCAUCUCAUGAAUCGAAGGCCUGAGCUUGUGAACAGCGUAUUGCUUCGGCAGAAUCCGCACAAUGUGGAGCAAUGGCACAGGAGGGUGAAACUGUUUGAGGGCAAUCCAACACGGCAGAUUCUGACAUUUACGGAGGCUGUGAGGACCGUCGAUCCCAUGAAGGCAGUGGGGAAGCCCCAUACAUUGUGGGUUGCAUUUGCACGAUUGUACGAGAACCACAAAGAUGUGGCCAAUGCAAGAGUUAUUUUUGAGAAGGCUGUUCAGGUUGGUUAUAAGACAGUGGAUAAUUUGGCGAGUGUGUGGUGCGAGUGGGCAGAGAUGGAGCUGAGGCAUAAGAAUUUUAAAGGGGCGUUGGAGCUGAUGAGGCGGGCCACGGCAGAGCCCUCGGUGGAGGUCAAGCGGAGAGUUGCUGCUGAUGGGCAUGAACCGGUGCAGAUGAAGCUGCACAGAUCAUUGAGGGUGUGGACCUUUUAUGUGGAUUUGGAGGAGAGCCUUGGAACUCUGGAAUCUACUCGUGUAGUCUAUGAGCGGAUACUUGAUUUGAAAAUAGCCACUCCACAAAUUAUAAUUAACUAUGCAUUGCUUCUAGAGGAGAAUAAAUACUUUGAAGAUGCAUUCAAGGUAUAUGAAAGAGGUGUAAAGAUAUUUAAAUAUCCCCAUGUCAAGAAUAUUUGGGUCACAUACCUCUCCAAAUUUGUUAAAAGGUAUGGCAAAACAAAGCUAGAGCGGGCAAGAGAGUUGUUCGAGCAUGCAAUUGAAAUGACACCUGCUGAAGAUGUUAAACCACUGUAUCUACAAUAUGCGAAGCUGGAAGAGGAUUAUGGGCUUGCAAAGCGUGCAAUGAAAGUCUACGAUCAAGCUACAAAGGCUGUCCCUGAAAAUGAAAAAAUGAACAUGUAUGAAAUUUACAUAGCUCGUGCAACUGAAAUUUUUGGCGUCCCAAAAACGAGGGAAAUAUACGAGCAAGCCAUCGAAUCUGGUCUCCCGGAUAAGGAUGCGAAAACUAUGUGUAUGAAGUACGCUGAGCUAGAAAAGAGCUUGGGAGAAAUUGAUCGUGCUCGUGGUAUAUAUGUAUAUGCAUCACAUUUUGCGGAUCCACGUUCUGGCUCUGAUUUCUGGAACAAAUGGCAUGAAUUCGAGGUGCAACAUGGGAAUGAAGACACCUUCCGAGAGAUGCUUCGUACAAAGCGCAGUAUCUUAGCUGGCUAUAGCCAGACACAUAUCAUUCUUCCUGAAUAUUUGAUGCAAAAGGAUCAGAAGCUGAACCUCGAGGAAACAGUAGACACAUUAAAGCGUGCUGGUGUUCCCGAAGAUGAAAUGGCUGCUUUAGAACGCCAUUUAGUCCCUGCUUCCACUAACCCGGCUACUAACGACAGCAGCAGGAAAGUGGGCUUUGUCAGUGCUGGAGUGGAGUCACAGCCUAGCGUGAUCCGUACUGCUGAUGGUGGGAGAAAGGUAACUGCAAAUAAUGAGGAUAUUGAAUUGCCCGAAGGCAGUGAUUCAGAUGACGAGUCCGAUGACCGAGUUGAAAUCGCGCAAAAGGAUGUUCCAGCUGCUGUUUUCGGGGAGCUGGCAAAGGAGGUCGAUAAGGAUGGGGAUGCUGCGGGUGGAGACAAUGACGGCAACAGUCAUUUGGGUGCCCUUGAGAGAAUAAAGAGGCAAAGGCGGCAAUAAUAUAGACUUUUCUAGAUUGUAGAGUUAUGGAUGACUUAUAUGAACUGCCUUUGACAUGUGAGUUGUUGGUAUGCCUUAGGAAACUUGAAGAUGUUUGAUGCAUGCAUAUAGGAAAUGAAAUGAAAGUUUUUCUCAAGCAUACUCAACAUAUAAGGUGCACUGUUUUUUGUAACGCUUCUUACAUUAAUGGAGAAAAUACAUGAAGUUAUCCUUCGCUGUA